AUGGGGACCCAACGCUCAGCCUGGUCCAUGGCGACCCCCAUGCUUCUUUUCUCCUGUUUCUGUCUGCUCACCGGCGACAUGCUGUUUGGCUACGACACGAGCAGCUUUGGAGGCAUUCUAGGAAACCCGGGCUUCAUCAACCAAUUCGGCACGUACAAUCCCAAAACCCAGAAAUACGCAAUUGACUCGCUACAUACCUCGCUUCUGUCAUCGCUUGCGUUUAUCGGAAAAUUUCUUGGUUGUUUUUUCGCUGGACCGGCUAUCGAGAAGUUUGGCCACCGAAUUGUCUUUCAGGCUUUGUCUGUAAUUUCGGUCAUCGGUGUCAUCAUUGAGAUCACUGCUGCUGAUACUGCUCCUGGAACUGGACGCUUGGCGCAAUUCAUUGUUGGCCGCAUUGUCGUCUAUAUCUCUGUUGGUCUGGUCGAAGUCGAUGUAACAACAUAUCAGACCGAAAUCGUACCCGCUUCUUUCCGCGGACUGGUCGUGGUCUCUUUGCAACUCUUCCUUGUUGCCGGAGGCCUCCUCGCCAGCGGCGUCAACAAGGCGUUUGAAACCCGUGCGGACGGGGUGGGUUGGAAAACAGUGACUGGCAUCCAGUUUGCUUUCCCCGUUUUGAUCCUUUUCUGUACAUUGUUUAUACCCCACUCGCCCCGCUGGCUCCUUUCCAAAGACAGAGAGGAGGAUGCCCUCGCUUCCCUUCGCCGACUACGACCCAAGGAAGAUGCCCUCAACGGAAACUGCGAGGCAGAGCUCCAGGAAAUCCGCGAUGCACUCCACGAGGAAGUGCACAAAGCAUCGUGGGCUGACCUCGUCCGGGGAAGCAACCUCCGCCGCACGCUUAUUGUUAUCGCGUGUUAUUUCUUCCAGCAGGCCACUGGUCAAGCCUUCGUGUCUACAUAUCAACACAGAUUCUAUCAGCAGAACGGCUUCGCGGAGCAUGCGUACACCUAUCCCCUCAUCAGCAGCGUCUUUGGUAUAGUGGCUGUGAUUAUGGCCAUGUACUUUGUUGAUAAGCUUGGUCGCCGAUAUACAUUCUUCAUCAGCUACAUUUUCCAGGCUUUGUGGAUGUAUGUACUGGCCGGCCUCGGAGGAGAGUCAGAUCCCAGCAGCACGACGAGAAACACCAUCGUGGCGGCCUUUAUGCUCUAUCAGGUCUUCUACAAUGCCGGCGGCGCAUCAAUCCCAUACCUCAUCGGCGCCGAAGUCCCCAACGCCGCCGUGCGCGAGAAAACGCAAUCCCUCGGAGCUGCAUGGAACGUAGUCUGGGCGUUUGCAACGAACUUUGUUAUCCCUUAUAUGAUGGCUGAUAUCCACUCCGGCGUUGGGUGGGUAUUCGGAAGCGUUUCCGUUGUGGCGCUGCUGUGGACUUUCUUCUUCCUUCCUGAGACCAAGGGGCGAACUUUGGAGGAAUUGGAUGCUGUCUUUGCUGUCCCGUAUAAUCCGUUCAGCAGGGCUGAUGUGUACUAUACCAACAAUGAGCGCGGAGACGUGACUUCGAAGGGCGUGCCGUGGGGUGACCAGGGGUCGAAGACGAGUCAGCCGGACGUGACUGCUGUAUAG